AUGGUUAUUAUGAAGCAUGAUUUCCAGUUCUUUAACAUUCAGAGACUGACUGAGUUGUACGAAAAGGAAGUGCGUCACCUCAUGCAAGCUCAUCAGAAAAAUCAGGUGAAAGAGACAAUCGAUGUUGAUGAACCAGAAGAAGGGGGAGACCCAUUAACUGCUGAAGAGGUGGAAGAAAAGGAAAGGUUAUUGGAAGAGGGUUUCUCGACUUGGAGUAGAAGAGACUUCAACACCUUCCUAAGGGCUUGUGAGAAGUAUGGCCGGAAUGACAUCAAAAGCAUUGCCACAGAGAUGGAAGGGAAAACAGAGGAAGAGGUUGAACGAUAUGCCAAAGCUUUUAAAGAACGAUACAAGGAGCUGAACGAUUAUGACAGAAUCAUCAAGAAUAUUGAAAGGGGAGAGGCAAGGAUUUCUAGGAAAGAUGAAAUCAUGAAAGCCAUCGGGAAGAAACUGGACCGUUACAAGAACCCGUGGCUCGAACUGAAGGUUCAGUAUGGUCAGAACAAAGGAAAGCUGUACAAUGAAGACUGCGAUCGAUUCAUGAUAUGCAUGGUUCACAAGCUCGGGUACGGGAACUGGGAUGAGCUGAAGGCGGCGUUCAGGACAUCGCCCUUGUUCAGGUUCGACUGGUUUGUGAAAUCACGAACGACCCAGGAACUCGCGAGGAGGUGCGACACUCUCAUCCGACUCAUCGAGAAAGAGAACCAAGAGUUUGACGAGAGAGAAAGGCAAGCCCGUAAAGAGAAGAAGCUUGCAAAGAGUGGGACGACGCCAUUGAAGAGAGGAGCUUCAGGAAGGCAAGCAAUGGAAGGGCCUUCGUCCUUGAAGAAACGAAAGCAGCUCUCCAUGGAUGACUUUGUGAGCUCUGCUAGGUGAGCGGCGGAAAUGACAUCAAUUGUCAUCGUAUUGACGACAUUACUUGGGAGGUCAUUCUUUCUGAAUCCAUGAUUGUUCACUUCAAUUUU